AUGUCGAACGUUUUCUUCCCAUACUCCAAGGCGCCUUUGCGCACCAUCAAGGAGAUCCAAUUCGGUCUCUUCUCCCCGGAGGAGAUCAAGCGCAUGAGUGUGGUUGCUAUCGAAUACCCCGAGACAAUGGAUGAAAGUCGUUCACGGCCACGAACCAAAGGCCCGAAUGACCCGCGCCUCGGAACCAUCAAUCGCAAGUUCAAUUGCGAAACUUGUGAAGAGGGCCCGAAAGAGUGUCCCGGACACUUCGGCCAUAUCGAGCUCGCAGCUCCCGUGUUCCACAUUGGUUUUGUGACCAAAAUCAAGAAGUUACUCGAGACAGUGUGCCACAAUUGUGGAAUGAUCAAGGCCAACAGGUCUGAUAUGAAGUUCAAAGAAGCCCUCCGCAUGCGAGAUCCCAAGCGACGAUUCGAUCACAUCUGGCGACUCUCCAAGGAUGUCAACAUUUGCGCAGCUGACCCUACUCCCGAAGACGAUGACCAUCCUGACGAGAAGGGCAAGGACAAGGAUAAGGAAGUGUACCUCCACGGUGGCUGCGGUAAUGCGCAGCCUACAGUUCGUCGCGAGGGAAUCACACUUGUGGGCACAUGGAAGCCUACCAAGGCCAUGGAAGAAGAGGGCGCGCAGCCGGAAAAAAAGGUUAUCACCCCUGCGAUGGCGUUGAUCAUCUUCCGGAACAUUUCUUACGAGGAUGUUCGCGUCAUGGGUUUGAGCAAUGACUACUCCCGUCCCGAGUGGAUGAUCCUCACAGUUCUCCCCGUCCCGCCCCCGGCUGUCCGACCGAGUGUUCAAAUGGGAUCGAACGGCAUGCAAAGCGAGGACGAUCUGACUUACAAGCUGGCUGAAAUUGUCCGCGCCAACCAGAAUGUUCAACGCUGUGAGCAGGAGGGUGCCCCAGAGCAUGUUACUCGUGAAUUUGAGUCUCUACUGCAAUACCACAUCGCCACAUACAUGGACAAUGACAUUGCUGGACAACCGAAGGCCGUGCAGAAGAGCAACCGCCCCGUCAAGGCUUUGCGAAGCCGUCUCAAGGGCAAAGAAGGCCGCCUGCGACAGAACUUGAUGGGUAAGCGUGUCGACUUUUCUGCCCGUACCGUUAUCACUGGUGAUCCCAAUUUAUCUCUCGAUGAAGUUGGUGUACCCGUGAGCACAGCCAGGAUCUUGACGUACCCGGAGGUGGUCACCCCGUACAACAUUGAAAAGAUGCAGGCUUUGGUAUCGAAUGGGCCUUUUGUUCACCCCGGUGCACGAUACAUCGUUCGAGACACGGGCGAGCGCAUUGAUCUUCGCAAUUCCAAGCGCGCUAUUUCCACGCAGCUUUAUUACGGCUGGAAAGUGGAACGUCACCUUUUGGAUGGCGAUGUUAUUCUGUUUAACCGUCAACCAUCGCUUCACAAGGAAUCAAUGAUGGCUCACAGGGUCCGUGUGAUGCCUUACUCGACCUUCCGACUCAACCUGUCGGUUACCACUCCUUACAACGCCGAUUUCGAUGGUGACGAAAUGAACUUGCACGUUCCACAGGGCGAAGAAUCUCGCGCAGAGCUCACAGAGCUUGCUCUUGUUCCCAAGAACAUUGUGUCUCCCCAGCGUAACGGCCCUCUCAUGGGUAUCGUGCAGGACACUCUGUGCGGCAUUUACAAGAUUUGCCGGCGGGACACUUUCCUUACAAAGGAACAAGUGAUGAAUAUCUUGCUUUGGGUUCCCAACUGGGACGGCACUAUGCCUCCACCUGCUAUUUUGAAGCCUCGUCCUCGCUGGACCGGAAAGCAAUUGAUUAGCAUGGCCUUCCCCGCAGGGCUCAACCUGAUGCGUGUCGAUAAGGACGGCUCCCCACGCUCCGAGAAAUUUAGUCCUCUUAAUGAUGGCGGACUGCUGAUUCAUGGCGGCCAGCUGCUGUACGGCAUGCUUUCUAAGAAGACAGUCGGUGCAAGUGGCGGCGGUGUCAUCCACACCAUCUUCAACGAGUGGGGCUGUGACGAGGCGGUGCGAUUUUUCAAUGGUGCGCAGACUAUUGUCAACUACUGGCUACUCCACCACGGAUUCAGUAUCGGCAUCGGUGACACGAUUCCUGAUCUUAACACCAUUGAGAAAAUUGAGGAAGCUGUUCGCGAGCGCAAAAACGAGGUCGAAGAGAUCACUGCCAGUGCUACGGCGAACACUCUUGAGGCCUUGCCUGGUAUGAACGUCCGUGAGACAUUUGAGAGCAAGGUUUCUCGUGCGCUCAACAAUGCCCGUGAUGAGGCUGGUGCUGCAACCGAGAAGAGUUUGAAGGAUUUGAAUAACGCUAUCCAAAUGGCUCGAUCUGGCUCCAAGGGAUCUACUAUCAACAUUUCUCAAAUGACCGCAGUUGUGGGACAACAAUCAGUGGAAGGAAAGCGUAUUCCAUUUGGUUUCAAAUACCGCACGCUGCCGCAUUUCACCAAGGAUGACUACUCUCCGGAAUCCCGUGGCUUUGUGGAGAACUCUUAUCUUCGUGGUCUUACCCCCACCGAGUUUUUCUUCCACGCCAUGGCUGGUCGCGAAGGUCUGAUUGAUACUGCCGUGAAGACUGCCGAGACUGGUUAUAUCCAGCGUAAGCUGGUGAAAGCACUUGAAGAAGUUAUGGUCAAGUAUGACGGUACUGUUCGUAACUCCCUCGGCGACGUUAUUCAGUUCAUCUACGGAGAGGAUGGUCUGGAUGGCGCACAUAUCGAGAACCAGCGUGUCGAUAUUAUCGUAUGCUCUGAUGAGAAAAUGCGGGACCGCUUCCGUGUCGAUGUGAUGGAUCCCGAGCAUUCCCUUGGACCGGAGGUAUUGAUGCAAUCCAGUGAGAUCGCUGGUAACAUGGACGUUCAACGGUACCUGGACGAAGAAUGGGAUGCUCUUAUCGAGUCUCGGAACUUCCUUCGAACUGUGGCUAAGGGAGACGAAGAGAUGAUGCAACUGCCUAUCAACGUCACGCGAAUUCUGGAGUCGGCGCGAGCUACUUUCCGUAUCCGCGAGGGUGCAAUCAGUGACUUGCACCCUGCCGAAGUCAUUCCUCAGGUGCAAGGCCUCCUUGAUCGCCUCGUUGUCGUCCGCGGUGAUGAUGUUAUUUCGCAAGAGGCCCAGUACAACGCUACCUUGCUGUUCAAGGCUCAGCUGCGCAGCCGUCUUGCUUUCAAACGACUGGUGACAGAAUAUUCGCUCAACAAACUUGCGUUCCAACACGUUCUCGGUUCCAUCGAGAGCAAGUUCGCGCAUGCGGCAGCUAAUCCCGGUGAGAUGGUUGGUGUUCUCGCUGCCCAGUCUAUUGGUGAGCCCGCUACCCAGAUGACACUGAACACAUUCCACUUUGCUGGUGUCUCGUCCAAGAACGUCACUCUGGGUGUGCCUCGUCUCAAGGAAAUUCUCAACGUGGCCACCAACAUCAAGACACCGUCUAUGACUGUCUACCAAGAGGGCGAUAAGACGUACGAUAAGGAGAGCUCCAAGCAGCUGCGCAGUGUUGUGGAGUACACUAGCCUGCGGUCUGUCACUGAGGCGACCGAAAUCUACUACGAUCCGGAAAUCCAGACUACCGUCAUUGAGAAUGAUCGGGAUAUGGUGGAGUCCUACUUCAUUAUUCCCGAAGACGCUGGUGACAAUGCCUCCCUGCAGUCCAAGUGGCUACUCCGUAUCAUCCUGAGCCGUCCCAAGCUCCUCGACAAGGGUCUGACUGUGCAAGAAGUUGCCGCAAAGAUCAAGCAGGCCUAUCCCCGCGAUAUUGCCGUCAUUUUCAGUGACAACAACGCUGAUGAGCAAGUUAUUCGUAUCCGCCAAAUUCAAGAUCCUAAGGAGGAAGAUGAAGACAUUGAAUACGAUGUGACUCUGAAGAAGUUGGAACAACAUCUGCUGGAUACUUUGACUCUUCGCGGCGUUCCUGGCGUUGAGCGUGCCUUCAUCAACGAGAAGAGCAAGGUCCGCGUCCAGGACGAUGGUACUCUUUACACCAGCAAAUCAGAUCCUCUCUGCAAGGAGUGGGUUCUCGAGACCAGCGGCUCUUCGCUUGCGCCAGUCCUUGCCCUGCCAGGCGUUGACGCUACCCGGACCUACUCCAACCAGUUCAUCGAGAUUUUCGAAGUGUUCGGUAUUGAAGCUGCACGUACCGCCGUGCUUCGAGAAUUGACUCAGGUGCUGGCCUUCGACGGUUCCUAUGUCAACCACCGACACUUGGCCCUCCUGGUCGAUGUCAUGACUGCCCGAGGCUACCUGACUCCGGUUACUCGUCACGGUAUCAACCGUGCCGAUAACGGCGCGCUGAUGCGUUGCUCUUUUGAAGAAACCGUGGAGAUUCUUCUGGAGGCUGCUGCGUUUGGAGAACUUGAUGACUGCCGUGGCGUGUCAGAGAAUUUGAUUCUUGGACAGAUGGCCCCCGCUGGAACGGGAGAGUUUGAUGUUUAUGUGGAUCAGACUUUGCUCAACACAGUUGUAUCCAGCAAAGCUCGCUUCGGGGUUGCUGGAGAAAAGGAUAUGCUCAUGUCUGACGGAGCUGCCACUCAGUAUGAUAGCGCCUCGCCUAUGGCGAGCACGCCUUACCUGGUGGAAGGAGAUGCGGAUGCAAGUUUCUCUCCCAUUCGACAAGCUGGUUCAGAGUCUCCUGGUUUCACCAGUUACCAGCCAUCCGAUCCUCUCAGUGGAUUUAGCCCUGCGGCUCGCAGUCCUGGAGGUUACUCCCCCAGCAGUCCAUUCAACACCAGCCCCACAUCCCCAGGCUUUUCUCCGUCGUCCAGCUAUUCGCCCACGUCGCCUGCGAUGGGUUUGACCUCUCCUGGGUUCGCCAUGACCUCUCCUGGAUUCUCUCCCGCCAGCCCAUCUUUCCAGCCGACCUCUCCGGCGUACUCGCCUACUUCGCCCUACGGCCAGUCGCCCACUUCGCCGUCGUAUUCGCCUACGUCUCCGGGUUUCUCGCCGACGUCGCCCAACUACAGCCCGACGUCGCCCACUUUCGCUAGUCCGACUUCGCCUGGUUUUAGCCCGACGUCCCCUAGCUACAGCCCUACCAGCCCUACCAUCGGUCGUGCUGGUCAACAAUUCUCACCUACAUCGCCUACUUCUCCCAAGUUUACUCCUGCUUCGCCUGGAUGGUCUCCAACGAGUCCAAACCACUACUCGCCGACGUCUCCUCGCUUCCCUGGCUCGCCGGGCUAUAGCCCAACUUCCCCCAAGUACAGUCCAUCGUGA